GUGAAAAUAAGAAAUUUUCUUGCUUUCAGAAUGGUUUAGCCUAUUCUAUACAGGAGGCUUUUAGCCUCCUAAUUCUUUGCGCUCUCAAAAGAGAUGUUUGCUUUUGUUUGUUUGAUGCUUUUGUUCUACUCUUCUUUGGUCACCACUCAAGAUCUGUCUCAUGACUAUGUUUUACAAGGUAAAAACAUCAUAAUAUUAGCCGGACAAAGCAAUAUGUCUGGUCGAGGAGGUGUUAUCGACAAUAGAUGGGAUGGUUUUGUUCCUCCGGAAUGCCAUCGGAAUUCAUCGAUCCUCCGGCUUAGUAAAGGGCUUACAUGGGAAGAGGCGGAGGAGCCUCUCCACCGUGAUAUCGAUGUAGAUCGAACGUGUGGAGUAGGGCCAGGGAUGGCAUUUGCAAAUUUAGUUUUGGCAAAGGAUCCAAGCCUCGGGGUGAUUGGUUUGGUCCCUUGUGCUGUUGGAGGAACGAAUAUAAGCGAGUGGAGACGUGGCAGUGUCCUCUAUAAUCAGCUCAUUAACAGGGCUAAUACAGCGUUACAAGAUGGAGGAAUAAUUCGAGCACUUUUGUGGUAUCAAGGUGAAAGUGAUACCGUAAUUCACAGCGAUGCUAAAUUGUACAAGAGGAGAUUGGAGAGAUUUUUCGAUGAUUUACGAUCUGAUUUGAUGUCUCCUACUCUUCCGAUAAUCCAGGUGGCAUUGGCAUCAGGAACAGGACCUUAUAUAGAGAUAAUAAGAAAAGCCCAGUUGGAAACCAACCUUCAAAAUGUGAAAUGUGUUGAUGCAAAGGGAUUACCAUUAGAGCCUGAUGAAUUGCACCUCACAACUUUGGCACAAGUCGAGUUAGGUAAAAUGUUGGCUGAUGCCUUCCUUCAAAAUGUUCCUGUACCUGUUCGGAGUAAUGCCCCAAAGAGGUUCAACAAUUUUUUUCUUGACUUGCUUCGACCACCAUUUUGGUAGAUCUUGCACACGAUAGCAUAAAUAUAUUGUGUAUUUUGACACGAAUGUGUUCUUCUUUCUUGAUCUACUUAGAGCAGAUACACCUAAUACACCUAUGAAAUUAGUUUUAGCACUUGUAUUUCCGAACAUGCUACAAGACCAUGUUUUUGAUAGUCCAAAAAUAUUUUCUCAAAUUUUGAGAGAAGAGUUCAAAUAAAAGCAAAGUAAUCCAUUAAUGUUCA